AUGUUACAACCAGUAAUGCAUAUUUUGAAACAGAAAAAGAUUAUUUUAGCUAGUGGUUCACCGAGAAGGAAAGAAUUAAUCGAAAAUAUUGGAUUAAGUGUGGGGUUAUGUCCAUCUCUCUUUGAAGAAAACCUUGACCCUAAAUCUUUCAAAGGAUUUUCAGAAUUUGUGGAAGAAACAGCUUUACAAAAAGUUUUAGAAGUUGAGAAUAGAUUAAAGAGUGAAGGACAAAUACCUGAUGUAGUAAUUGGGGCUGAUACCAUGGUUACAUUAGAUGGGUCUAUGUAUGGUAAGCCCACAUCUGAACAGGAAGCAUUUGAUAUGCUUAAAAGUCUUGCUGGUAGAAGUCACACAGUGUACACAGGUGUGGUGGUAAAAACUGUAGACAAUGUUGUCAAGUUUACAGAACAAACUAAUGUUACAUUUGGCAACAUAGAUGAUGAACAAAUAAAAGGAUAUAUUGCUACAGGAGAGCCUAUGGAUAAAGCUGGUGGUUACGGUAUUCAAGGUGUGGGAGGAACAUUCAUAGAAAAAGUUGAUGGAGACUACUUUACUGUAGUUGGCUUACCAUUGUAUAGAUUAUGCUCAGUCCUUUAUGAUAUCUUUAAGGAAAAUAAG